AUGCCGUCUGGGGUGGAAAUUAAGAAUAGUAAAGAUGAUGAUGUGGUCAAGGUAAGUGGAGAGUCCGAGAAUGCGACAGAGAAAGAAGCGGAGGUAACUCAGAAAAUUGUCCCCAUACAUAGACCUCCACCUCCCUUCCCACAGAGGUUAGUGAAGAAGACUAAAGAGGGCAAAUACCGCAGGUUCACUAGCUUGUUGAAACAACUUCCAAUCAAUUUUCUGUUGAUAGAGGAUUUGGAGCAAAUGCCUAGGUAUGAAAAAUUUAUGAAGAACAUGGUGACAAAGCAAAGGGCAGUGAGCUUCCAAGAUAAUGAUAGAUUUCAACAUUGUAGUGCUAUUGCUACAAGAUCCCUUGUGCAGGAAAAGGAGGAUCCUGGUGCCUUCACUAUUCCAUGUACUAUCGGGUUGUUGCAUUUUGCUAAGGUGUUGUGUGAUUUUGGUGCUAGUAUUAAUCUGAUGCCACUGUCUAUUUACAAGAAGUUGGGUCUAGGAGAUCCAAAAUCGAUUGUGAUACAGUUUCUCAUGGCCGAUAGAACUGUGAAGAGGCCCAUUGGUGUGCUUAAUGAUCUACUAGUGAAAGUGGAGUCAUUCAUCUUUCUGGCGGAAAUAGUGAUUCUUGACUGUGAGAUCGAAGAGAGACUAGGUGUUGAGGCACUAGCAGCGAUUAUGAUGAACUUUGAAAGUGAUGGUAUUAAAGAGUAUGAUGAGUUGGAGGCCGCACUUGAUAGGUGUGAAUAUAGUUCAAAACUAAAGAAACUGGAGUUAGACAUGAAAAAUCGCGAGUCCUCACCCACAAAAUCGUUUGUUGAGGAAGCACCAAAAUUGGAGCUUAAGGCUCUACCAUUACAUUUGAGGUACGUAUUCUUGGGAAAAGAUGAUACUUUAUUGGUCAUCAUUGCGAAAAAUUUGAAUGGGCGACAAGAAGAGUGUUUAAUUUCUGUGUUAAAGAGGUUCAAGCGAGCUAUUGGGUGGACUAUUGCAGACAUUAUUGGGAUCCCUUCUGGUAUAUGUUCUUACAAAAUCCAACUCAUGCCAAAUAACUAG